AUGCCUCUGAAACAUGUUGGUGAAAAACCAUGGAAGAAUUCCAAAGAGGAACAAGAAAAAAGUACCUUCCAUUACAAAUGUGCUAUAAAUAUUAGUAACCAGUUAUUAACUGAACCACUAAACGAAAUUUACGUGGACAGCGAAGUUACGAAGCAAACAGAGACUGGUGAGACACAGAGGACAGAGGAGAUGAUCAGUGAAAUAGGAUCAAACGUGGGUAUGUAACUCAUUACAAAAUGUUGAUUUGGUUUCUGUGUUGUUGAAAAACUUCAUGCUAACAAAUCACAGAGGUUGCAUGUUACAUUACCUUUUAUAAGGUGCUACUAAGACCGAAAGGGGACGUGAUAGGAGACAGGUUGUUGUUGGAGUUUUAAAAUUCAACACCUCACACACAAGUAACGACGAUAUUUUAAAAUGGGUUUUUACGUCGUUAUUUAACCCGUUUUCUCGGCAGGUCUGCAACACAUCUUUGUUGACGGAUUAUUGAGUGAUACCAACAACAGCUUGACACGAGUUUCACUCCUGAAGAUAUGCUUCUAGAACAGUCUAUGAUCACAUCAUGUUAUUUUUAAAUCAGUAUGCAUGGCUAAGCUCACGACUUCAUCGUAACAAGGAAAACAAUAGACCCUUACGGAAUUUUUUCGAAUAUUAUACAACUUUACUCAGCACGCAAAAUUAUAAUCUUACGUUUUUAAACCUGAAAAACAAGCCGUCAAAGUAAAGCAAAAGACAAAAAGGGAAAAAAAAAACGGCAAGGACAACCAUAACACAACAGUGAAAUAUCAUUGGGUUAAAUGGAGUUAAUCAAAGCUAAUUUUUUUUCAGAAUUCUUCGAUGAGGUUGAACCGAAGAGUCCAUCAAAGGUUUUUAAUACAUUUUAUUAUUCAUUUAUAUUUAAACGUGAUAUUUAAGCUUUUUAUGAAUGGCCAACUUCCACUCCAACUUUGCUAAUUGAAUUGACUUGUGUGUGUUUUCGGUUCUAUUCAGGAAAAGCAAGAUCAUGAUAUAGAAACCAGGACUCGGGUGAACUCAGAUAUAAUUUCUCCGAUAACACAAGGAGACAACGGGCAUCAUGAGAAGCGAAACAGUGACAUGCCUGAUGACGUGGCGCGACUUACAACUGAAAACCUCUCGAGGAUAGAGUCAGUGAAGGAUGACGGCAUUUGGCCAGUUUGCAUGGAUUUUGGUGGUCAAGCCAUUUACCGUGCUAUUCAUCCUAUUCUCGCUUCGCGUGAAGCAGUUUAUCUGCUAGUGGUUGAUCCUACCAAAGAUCUGUCUGCCCCAGCCCAAUGUUUGGUGAAAGAGCCUGGUUACGACGAAGUUAAGAUUCCGUCUCCUGACAAGAAUGACACAAACCUAGAUCACAUUAUGAGGUGGAUGGACAUGGUGAAUUCCUUCAAACACGAAAAGAAUGGCGACGUAUUACCACCUGUCAUUUUGGUUGGAACACACGCCGACCUUGUAAAAGACCCCGAAAUCGUGACUACAAGUGUAAAGGACAUUAUUUGUGACACAGCAAGAGAGUUUAGUGAACACAUAAUCGGAAAAACAUUUGCAGUGAACAACACUCUUGCUGGUAAGGAACUAGAGGAAGAAGAUCUCCAAGUUGUUGCCUUACGGAAAGAGAUUCUGAAGGUUGCAGAUACCUUGCCACAUACAAAAGAUGUGGUUCCUUUAAAGUGGCUUCAAGUGGAAAAUGAAGUUCGUAAUCUAGCAAGCGCGGGGACAAAUUAUGUCACAAGGCAAGACUUCCGAAAGAAUAUCUGUGACGAAAUUUGCAAAUUUGAGGUCGAAGAUGACUAUGAAGUACUUUUACAGUUUUUGCACGAUCGUGGUUCAGUGGUUUAUCAUGGUAGGGCUGACGAUCCAGGUAGUCUGGUUUUUUUUAAUCAAAAGUGGUUGAUUGAUGUUUUGUGUCAGAUAAUAACGGUUGAAAAACAGAAAGAAGAGAAAACUGUCAUUUCAAAUCUCCGCAAAGAUCUUGGCGAGUACGGCACUCUUGAUGCAAAACUGCUUGAUUACUCUUGCACAAAACUGGGCGUUGGCGACAUCAAAGAGUCUUUACUUUUCCUCAUGAAGAAGUUCAACCUUCUUUGUGAAUAUACGGGAAAAGAUGGCAGUUCCGUGUAUCUUGUUCCGUGCAUGCUGACCUCCACACCGCACGAUUCAUUGAUGCCGGACGUUUCUGUUAACCCAGGCCCUGCACCCGUUUAUGUCACAUUCACCACUCAGUACGUCCCAGUUGGUCUCUUUCCAAGAAUGGUUGUCCUUUGCCUCGAAUUUGCACAAAGACGGAUUGCCUGUAAUCAACCAAAGCUCCGGGCUAACUUUGCUCGUUUCUUUGUGGGAGACCACACUGCAGUCGAUUUUGUUUGCUACAAGCGUGUGAUCAAAGUAGACGUUUGGAAUUACAUCGAUCAAAGUAUGAACCCUGUGUACACCGAGCCUAACGUUUGCAGAGAGGUCUUAAGGUAGGUGCACGUAAGUGAGUCAUUCUAUAUUCGGUUGGUAACUUUUAAACGAAUUACUAGUUCGUGAAAUCAGAAGUGGUUUUUGUUGCGAUGUGAAUCGAUCCGACAAGUUUAGUUUUUUCAUAACAUUGUCAACCCUCUGAUAGUGUAAUGCGUGUCAUAGUUACGAUGUUGUUUUAAAGGAGGCUAAAGUCUAGUUCAUUUCUCUCGGGUGAACAUUGUGUACAUUACGUACUUUCCGGACAUUAAUGUAUCUACGUGAAAGAUUUUUAAGAGAAAAUAUCAACCCCUUUGAUAAAAGUCUUUCCCUCUCUUUCAGCUUUUUGAAGACUAGUUUGGAGAGGCUGCACGAGGAGAAUCAUUGGCUGCAAACAGUAUCAUGGGAUCUCUGCGCGAGGUGCAAUUUGUGUCGGCCCCAGUUUGUUCCUGGAACCGCAAAGUGUCAUUGGCAUGCGAAAGCAGAUUGUUGCCAUGAUGAUUGUGUGCAUUAUGUUUCCCUGACAAGGAAGCCUGUCGUUUGCUCGCAUACACUGCGGGGUCCAAAGGUUUGUCCGCCCAAGACUUGGAGUCAGGUAAAGCUAAUUCAAGUUUCUUGCGAUCAGGUUUUCGUUCCAUUUAACCUGGAAAGGGGAUUGGAAUCAGGUUUGGUCAGACCUUAAUAAAGCUCUGAGUGGCCUUAAGACUGGAAAUGAUAACAUUUAAAACGUUGAAGAAGUACAUUCCUAUUGCCUUCUAUUUAAUGUUCCAGUUGAUUUCACGACUCAGGACUUUGCCCGGAAGCUUUUUGUCCCUAUAAUGGUUGGGUUUGCCCUUUGGAUGGUUAUUUGGAGAAUACUAACACUACGAGUUAUUUAUUUGGUUUCAGGUCUUGGAGGAUGCCACUGACAAAAACUACAGUAGUAAGUCUUUACAAAGCUUUCCUUAGACUAAUGGUAACUAAUUAUUACUAGUUUUGCUAGAAAAGUGCGUAAAGUUUCGACUAUACCUUUUCUUGGUUGUCGAACGUUUCUCGUAAAAAGUCAACAUUUACUGACCAAGAGGAAAAAUGUAUGCCUUCAUUGCCCCUGUCGUCAUAAGGACAAGCCAACGAACUAAUUUGAUACCUUGUGGAGGUCAGAAUGCGAAUACACUUUAUGACCGACAUUCUUAAGUUGAAGGCAACUAAACAAGCUCGUUUUCCCUUAAAAAUAAUAUAAUAUUUGGACUUAAAAAAUGAAAUUAUAGCCAUGAGUAUUUUUCAAAACUCGGUCAGUGCCUACCCUAGAGCACCCUUGCUAUCAGCUAAAAUUUAUUUAAAUGUUUAACCCUUUUAGAAGCCCCUCCCUUCCUACCCCCCCCCCCUCUUACUUAAAGAGUUAUUUUGUCUCCAUAGCUUUGAUUUCUUUCAAUUGUUUCCUCGUUUAACCAAGAUUCAGCGCGGUCAAGGUUGAAUCCAAUCAUACACUCUUUAUUUGCAGAUUUUGAUAGAACAGUGACAAACCAAGGAAGGGAGUCGUUUAUUUGCGAGGAAGUGUCUCUCGCAGGUGUGUCAAUAUUCUUUUAUCAAAUUGUAGUGCUUUCAUUCUUCUACUGCGCUCUUUUUAUGACAUUCCUUUCAAUACUCCUAGGAAAAGUUUUAAAAGAAGGCACUCUGUGUAGUGAUGAUCACCAGGGACUGUCGAACUCCAUCUCAAAAGGCUGGAGGAAGCUUGGACGCCUGCUGGGUAUUCGCGAGGAAGACCUUGAUGACAUCGAUGAAAGAGGACGUGAUUAUUUUGACAAGGCUUAUCAAAUGUUACGUUUGUGGAAGGAAAAAAAUGCUUCGAAUGCCACUUAUCGUGUUCUGUGCCGAGCAUUGUGCGACGAGUGUUUAAAUCGAAGAGACCUAGCCGAAAGAUUUUGCUUUCGCCAAGAAUGCCAUCCUCGGUAUGGGAAUAACUGAUAAUUGGGAGGACUGACGCAAAGAUGACGUCAUCAUUACAAACAUAUGUUAUUUUAUUAUUGUAUGAUAUAAAUAUAUUCCAUGUUACCGCGGGUCUGUACAGUAAAAGAUCAAAGAAGACGUCACUAAGUAGGUGGUAUGACGUCGGCUGUGAUGUGCAACUGAACCGACUUACGGAGAGUAAUUAUAUUUAAAAACGGGAAAUUAGAAUUUUUUGUAAAAAAUCCAUGUACGAAAAAAGAGACUAGGCUCAAAACUCUGUAGGAAAUGUGUGUUAAAUUUGUAAAAUGAACCACAACGUUUGGCUAAAAUAAAAACUUCUUUGAUUUCCAAGCAAAGGGGGACAAAUUUACGCGAACGAAAGAUCACAAACAACUCACUAAAACUCCGCGAAAACAAACUAAAAGUACACAAAAAGUGUCCACGUUAGUUUUCCAAUAUCACGGUUAGAGUUCUUUGGAUAAUUUGUGAUUUUUUCUUUUUGUAUUCAUGCGGGGCGCGUGAAUACAAAAAGAAUACAAAGGGGAGAGGAAGAGGAAAUUGUUACUUGAAAUUUAAAAUCGAAAGAGAUUUUCUACAAUUGUACAGAUAUAUUUUUCCAUUCAUUUGUAGCCAAAAAUUUUCCAGCACCGUUUACCCAAUUUAAUUUUUGAGCUUGAAAUGUUGUAAUGUUAAGCAGUAACAUUUAAAGAAAGAUAUUGUUUGCUUAAAAAACCAGCGAAAAACUUCAGUGACAAAUUUAAAUAAUGUAAACAUUUAUUACGCAAUAUAAAUAUACUUUAAAGAGUUCCGAACCAUAUAGAAACAACACAAUUUUGUUUUGUAAAAUUUUUUGUGUAAAAUAUUUUAGUUAGCGACAAUUUUUGGUGCAAUGUAAAUACAUGUAGUGGUGAGAGGUAUUAAGUAUGAUUUGCGUUAAUUUGUGUGGAAGCG